GGCGUCGCGCCGACUGGCGGCCGAGGCAGCAGCGACGCUCCGGCCGGCUGUCCGGCACUCCGGCGGUGGCUGCGGCGUCGGCAGGAGCUGCGGAGGCUGCUGGCUGCUGGCUGCUGGCUGCUGGCUGCUGGCUGCUGGCUGCUGUGGCGGAGGCAGCUGGAGCUCCAGCGCUAUGACGGCGCAGUCCGGCGGCGCCCCCUGCCCAGGCUCCGGCACCCGCCUCCGCUAGCGGCGCAACAUGUCGCCGGCCGCCGCCGCGUCGUCGCUGCUGCUGCUGCUGCUGCUGCUCGCCCUGCCCAGAGGUUCGGAGCAGGGGCCCCACGAGAAGAAGCUGCUGAACCGGCUGCUGGGCGCCUACAACACGCUGGAGAGGCCCGUCGCCAACGAGUCGGAGCCGCUGGAGGUCAAGUUCGGCCUGACGCUGCAGCAGAUCAUAGACGUGGACGAGAAGAAUCAACUCCUAAUUACAAAUAUUUGGCUUACGUUGGAGUGGGUGGACUACAACCUGCGCUGGAACGAGUCGGAGUACGGCGGCGUCAAGGACCUCAGGAUAACACCCAACAAGAUAUGGCGGCCUGACAUCCUCAUGUACAACAGUGCUGAUGAGGGUUUCGACGGGACCUACCACACCAACGUUGUGGUCAGACAUAACGGUAGCUGCUUGUACGUUCCACCGGGCAUCUUCAAGAGCACAUGCAAGAUAGACAUUACGUGGUUCCCCUUUGAUGACCAACAUUGUGACAUGAAGUUCGGUAGCUGGACCUAUGAUGGCAAUCAGCUCGACCUGGUGCUCAACUCGGAAGAGGGCGGGGACCUCUCCGACUUCAUCACCAACGGCGAGUGGUACCUCAUAGGUAUGCCCGGGAAGAAGAACACGAUCGUGUACCAGUGCUGCCCGGAGCCGUACGUGGACGUGACGUUCACGAUCCAGAUCCGCCGGCGCACGCUGUACUACUUCUUCAACCUGAUCGUGCCGUGCGUGCUCAUCUCGAGCAUGGCGCUGCUGGGCUUCACGCUGCCGCCCGACUCCGGGGAGAAGCUCACGCUAGGGGUGACCAUCUUGCUCUCGUUGACAGUGUUCCUGAACCUCGUGGCAGAGACCCUCCCCCAAGUCUCCGAUGCCAUCCCUCUGUUAGGAACAUACUUCAACUGUAUCAUGUUCAUGGUGGCUUCAUCGGUCGUGCUAACCGUCGUCGUGCUCAACUAUCAUCAUCGAACAGCAGAUAUUCACGAGAUGCCGCAGUGGAUCAAGAGCGUGUUCCUGCAGUGGCUGCCGUGGAUCCUCGGGAUGAGUCGGCCGGGUAAGAAGAUCACACGCAAGACCAUCCUAAUGAGCAACCGCAUGAAAGAGCUGGAGCUGAAGGAGCGCUCCUCCAAGAGCCUGCUGGCCAACGUGCUGGAUAUCGACGACGACUUCCGCCACCACGCGGCUGCGGCGGCGGCGGCCACGCUGGCGGCGAAUAGCGCCCCUGCUCCGACGGGCGGCGGCUACCUGCCGAGAGCUGCCACCGCGGCCACGCUGGACGACGCGCCCUGCUCGUCUGCCCAGCGCGAACUACAGGCUAUCCUGCGUGAGCUGCAGUUCAUCACCGGCCGCAUGCGCAAGGCUGACGAGGAAGCCGAGCUCAUCAGCGACUGGAAGUUCGCCGCCAUGGUCGUCGACCGCUUCUGCCUCAUCAUCUUCACGCUCUUCACCAUUAUCGCGACCGUGGCGGUGCUCCUGUCGGCCCCUCACAUCAUCGUCCAGUAGGUUGCCGGCGAGCAACGAGUUCAUUGUCGACGGGAAUGGCUCGUCGAAGACUCCUGUCCCGCCAUUCACCACCGGGGCUGCAAGUUACUUACGACGAGUGCCACAUAUCAUAAUGUUCUAGACGUCGGUGAUAGAAGUGCGUUCAGGUCUUCCGCUGACCAAAGUGCAGUGUAAAGACGUACACCUCGCUAUAAAAGCGGCCUCGGCCGCUACGUUAAUUCCUGACUUUGGCCGCGUCAUUCCUCAUAACUCACCAUCUUUCAACUUCCGUUGUACAAUCAGUGGAAACUGCUGCCAUUUCUGUCUCCAAAAUAAGAACUGUACGCGUGAACGAAGCUGAAUUCGCUAGACCUUAAACUGUUAUCAAGCUAUUGUAAAGUACUCUCGUAUGUUCUGAGAUUGUGUUGCACUCACUGGAGGACAAUAGUUACGCAAAGGACGUGUUACAACGCGAUCAGUGUCUCAGGACGAAAUCUGCCUAUCGACGGCUCGUCAGCGAUUGUCUGAUGAAUGUUUACCCCUUCACUCUUGGACUGCAGCCUGUCGCUGGACGAUGCUGUAAUGAGGAAUUGACUAACUCUUCCACUGUCUUCUCCGUCUGCACCGGCGCAAGCCGCGUGCAGACGUAAUAAAGACCUUAUUAGGUCACAGUAUAUUGUUAUUGUUGAUAAUGUUAUUGUUAAAGAACUGCGGCUUAGGUUCGCAGCGUUGAAACUAACGGUGCCGGAAGAACUACAAUAUUACUUUUGCGUAGCCUUCCGGCACAGCUCAAUUAUAUCUUGUUCAACAGAUCCUUUCCGAUUGGUUGAAAGGUGCUCUUUGCAUUGUUCAAUACAUGUUAUCGAAACCGCGAGAAGGUAUGCAUGAAUUUGUCUCACAAAAAUUGUUUUUAUUUCAUUAGUUUAAAAGAUGCAUAACAAUUUGUAAAUAUCAAGAGAUAUAUUGUAAACUGUAACAAAGUUUUUCCUGUGAUCUGCUCGUCACAAAUUUUUAUAUCUCCGUGAAGCUGACAUUGUCUUGUAUACACGACUAGAAUCAUGGAUAAUAGCUGUAGUUACAGUGUCUGCUAAGAAAGCAGCAGCACACAUAAGAUUUUAUCGAAACGAAUUGUUGAGAAAUACAAUAUUUAUUAACUGUAUGUCAAACAUAUUUCAUAAGUAAAAGUACACUUUCAUCUAAACUUCACACAGUCUAUCGCCGAAGUGCUUGUCCUUAUAUUUCUCUCGACAUUUGGAAAUAAUAUCUGGAAAAUUUAAUCAUUUAACGCAUAUCGAAACGAAAAGUUAGUUCACAAAUUCCUUGGUUUUACGGAGCUUAAGAUUAAUAUCAAUUCUGUACAAUGAAAAUGAACAAGAACAGUUGCGUCUUAACUUUUCUGCAUUUUAUGUUGCCAGCUGAAAGUUAAUUUUAGGAAAGUAGAGCUCAGCAUGAAGCAAAAUGGUACUGGAUAUGAUCCUACGAUGAAAUUCAACAAUAAGCAUAACGGCGUCUAUCAGUUUCUGGUGCAUGGAGUAAAAGUUAUGUGGCGGGUUUCGAAAGUACCCAGAAGCAUACUUCUCUACUCAAAAUAGCGUUCAAAAUCUUCAUUGUUAUGUAAUUCAAGAACGGGAAGAACUUUCGUUUCAAUAAUAUAUUCUAAACGUUGUGGGCAAUUAAAACUUUGUCACCCAUUCAGCCACUCGAUUGAUUUCAGUCAAAUUUGCCACGGGAAUCGAAGAGAGAAGGUGAAGCAUGUCACAUACUGGACGAUAAUAAUCAAUCCGCCAAUGUACAGUUCCUUAGUGAACCAUAUCUGAAAAAUAGGGGCAAACUGAUGGCGGAUAUCAAGUCUUCGCCAAUGUGAAGACGGAUAUACUUGUUCGCUAGCUAGGGAGUCUCUCAUUUCCCUGAGCAAGAAGAUUUUGUCUUGCAUCUUUGUCUCACUGAACACUUGCACGACAAUCGCUGUAUCCGGGCCGUAACUUUAUUUCGUUUGUUGUGCAUUUUUGGUUACUUUCGGUAUCAAAAUAAUAUAAAUCACAGCAUUUACGACCAAACAUUCUAGCAAUAAAUAAUGGGGUUGUCGAGCUAUUUGACGAGCUGUCUGGCAAAGUACGAUUAAAAAUGAAGUCAUACGGUCAAUCAGUUAUGGGUCGUAUUAAGAACUGUAAUAAUAACAAUAUCGUAAUAAUAAUAUCUUGCGAACGUUCUCUUUCCCGUUGCAGUAACAGCCAAAAAUUGCAGUCUUGAAUACAACAUUAUUGCUUAUCACUGUCGAAACAAAUGUGAACAAGUUCAUUACCAAAACAAUUUUGUUCCGAUAAACAUCUAAUGCAUCUACUUGUCUAUGAAUUUCUUGUAGCUUUGGUAUCGAAGCGCUGCGGACUGGUGUCAGAGUAGUUGGUCUGCCACGUACAGUGAAGCAAAAGGUUGAUUCUGGCAGUGGCACACAGACAAUUAUUACUGAAGCAUCAACAAGCUAAAACUCACAUAUACACGAAAUUGGUAUCAAAAUGUUUUCGUCUUCCUCUUCACAGAAUUGCAAUUUACUUGUUAGACUGCUCCUGUUUAAUCUACAGCACAAUGUGCAGUAGUGAGGUAACUAAUUACGCGAACCAUGCUGAAUUAACAGUUCUGAUACGCCCUCUCAGUGGGGCAGCACACUGUCAAAGCCCUUCAAUAUUAUAGUUUUAACUGGCUGUUCAUCACUCGCCUGAAUUCCUCUGUUUGCGGUUUGUUUAGAACACAACAUUAUGCGAUCAUCUACGUAACCUUCGGCGUUUCAUUUAUCACCUGUUAUCCGUAACAUGUUUCCUACCUGCUCCUCUGCAGCAAUAUAAAUUGUUUGUUGUCAUACAGAGGCUGCCGAGGUCGGGAAAAAUGCUGACAAAGAAAAAAAAUUCUUGUACCCCUGGAUUGCAUCACAAUUUAGUGCUUGUAAAGUGCAUGCUGAAAAGAAAAUAGUGCCUGGGGGCUUAAUCUACAAAUAAUAAUUACCUUUUUAUGCUGUUACGGAAGAUUUUGUUAACAAAAGUGGUUUGGUAAAAAACCUGAGGUACUUACACGUUUUUUAAUACCUAGGAGUGUGUUUCAACCGACGACAGUGGAGAGGAUCUGAAGAAUAACUGCAGGUCACGGAGGGAACAACAGUCGCCGAUCGCUAUUAGCCGCGCUUUGAAGUUCAGUUUAGUGCCGCAUCUCUCGUGUUGGCAUUGUACAUCAAAUCAUUCGAAUUUCUUGAACGAUAAAAAAAGAAAAUAAAUUAAUAAAAUUUAAAUUAAAUUGAGUUGUUAAACAUGUUUGUAAGCAUCCCGUAUGUUUAUGAAAUUAAACUGUAUGAAUAUAAAGUGUCAUUCCCUAAAAGAUAAUUAUCUCUAUUAUAUAAGUUUGAAGUCUUAAGAGAAACAUUUUUAUAAAACACUGUCAGAAAAAGUUCAAACUCAUCUAACUACUGCGAAAGCAGACUGUUUUAACCGAGCUUCCAAACCCAUGCAACUCACUGAAGGGUUGCAUUGAGUUUGCGAAAUAUGAAAACUAUAAAUGCCGUGACAAGGCAAAAAUAAUGUAUUUUUAAAGAAAUGCCUUUAAUCAACCAAAUAAAUUAUGAUUUAUAAAUUACUGGUUUUUUAGAUAACCGUAUUUUGUACUGCGACGAGGUGUCCUGAAGGUAAUGUGUUCAGAAGACUCACGUAUCAAACGCACAAUAUGUAUGCUGCUAAUUGUUGUAGAGAGUUUGCAAUGUAUACUUUCGUAAGUAGAAGAUAAUACAGAAUUAAAUGUUACCAGA